GGCAUCAGUUUGUUGCGACGCGUCACCGGCGCAAGUCGCUGUCAUGAUUUUCGUUCCGAUCGGUGGUUCUCGGCCGAACGCCGUGGUGCAUCAUGGACUCGCGGUCCUCUGUCUGCUCAUUGUUCUUCUUCUGGUGUCGUGUCCAGUUAACUGCCAGGAGACGCUGACCAAUCGGAUGCGCGUGAUCAGCGAGGAUCUGGACCGGCAGCUGAACGGGAUCAUGGCAUCGCAGGGUCUCAACUACACGACGGUGAACACGACCGGGCUGCGCUACAACGCCACCACGUAUUUCAACCCCAAGGGCAUGGGCCAGCUGUACAACGUGACCAACAUGUUCAUCGACUUCGUGCAGAGCAAGCAGGCCUAUCCCGAUGGUUAUAGGGAUAGGGACACAGGUUUUACGCGGCUUUGGUUACGCCCUGUAUCGCGCGCUCGAAAAUGGCCGGCUACUUGUUAGUAAACAGACCGCUGUCAAAGAAAUAUUCGAACCCCGUCCGCGUGAAAUAAAAUGUCCAUCCUUCGAGUUUAUUGAGGCUCGCACACUUGAUAAUUAUAAGCUCUCGAUGGAUAUCGUGUUAUGGAUUAUGUUACUGAUUGCUGGAAAGAAUUGCAAGUUUAUUUCACUCUUUCAUAACUGUGAAGUCGCUCGUUUUCUA